AUGUCGACAUCGACAGAUUCCAUUGACCCAUUGGAGGUGCAAGACAAGUCCAACAACAGUACGUCCGAUUUGGAUGUACAACCAAUUACAGACUACCACGAUCGAGAUGUUGACGAUAUUCCAGCAAACUCGGGUGGCUUUACUGGAGCAGCUCUAGCAAAAGAGCAAACAGUCAGACCAGAUUCGGUCAGACGAGAUUCAGCCAAACAACGUCAGCUGGUGGGUUCUAUUCGACUUACGUAUAAAGAACGUUUGAGAGAGUAUAUAAAGGUUGCACCAAAGUUUAUAUGGGCCUAUGUUCAAGUGUUUUGCAUAUACGUCGGAUUUCUUAGCAUCUACUGGGGGACAUUAUACAAGCGAGAAGAACGGUUCCAGAAUGUGGAGAUGUUGGUAGUUAAUGAUGAUACUUCGUUCAUGAGCAAUGGAACGGAAAUUCAACCAUAUAUCUCUGAUGCAUUUAUUGAGCUACUCCAGGAGCCACAAGUGAGAUAUUUGGCCAAUUUCAAAGUUAUCAACACGACAGAUUUUCGUGAUUUGGCCGAAUCUCACAAUAACACUCUUUACGAAGAAGUUGUUCGACAAAUUCAUCACCAGAAGUACUGGGCUGGUUUUUACAUAAAGCCACAAGCAACUCAGCUCAUUUACGACAGCUUUGCUUCAGGAAAUGCAACUUACAUGACGCUGGGACAAAUUAACCAAACAGUCACGGUGGUGUAUGAGACCGGUCGUCAUUUUUCAGCGUUGAACCAGUACCUUAUUAGAAACUUGAACACGGUAGCAUUUGACUGGAACACCCACCUUAGUCGGAAUGUCUAUCCCGAGAUUAUCCAAUCUCUAUCACUGACGCAGCAAGAGAACCUUCUUCAAAACACGUCCAUCCCAAUAUUCACAACAUUUCCUAUUCUUAGUUUUGUUGACAACAGAUCAUCGUCAAACUCGGCGAUUCUAGGACCUUCAGAGUUAGGUCUCAUUUAUGCUCUAUUGUUUUCAUUUAACCAAUUCAACUUCUCAGUGGAGAUCUACCGAAUCAUGAGAGAGAGGUUGAAAUAUCGCUCAUAUUUGUUUUACCGACUUAUAGUAUCACAAUUAAAUGCAUUGUUAUUGGCAUUAGUUUAUGGAUUGAUGACAAUUGCAUUGAAGAUUCCUACCGAAACUGCAUUUGGCCAUGCUGGAUUUGUUGUGCUCUGGAUGUUUAUGUACCUCUUCCUAAGCGCCGUGGGAGUUGUUAAUGAGAUCGUGAUGCUGAUUAUUAUGGCCUUCAACCAACAACUAUUAAUAGCCCCAUGGAUGAUUUUCAACAUUGUCUCCAACAUUUCUGCCACAUUUGCUCCAUUUGUCUUGAUGCCUGGAUUUUACAAGUACGGUUACGCUAUGCCUAUGUAUAAUAUUUAUGAAGCAUUGAAGGUCGUAUUUUUCAACACUUGGAAGGGACACUUGGGACGGAACUUGGGGGUAUUGAUAAUCUGGAUAGUUGUGGGUAAUGUAUUGUUGGUUCUUGUAUCGAACUGGGCAGUUAAACGAGCCAGACGAAUGCAAGCGGCAGCAAAAGAGUAG